UCGGGGACGCUGGGGGAAAGGGUAUUAAUUAAAGUGAACCCACAUUCAAGCCCUGCAGGGUGGGGGGAGAAGAAGAAGAAGAACAUCUGUCAAGAAUGGCCGGAAAGAGAGAGAGAAAGAGAGCAUUUCUAGAGAACGGAGGGCUUGUAUUGGAGAAGGUGGUGGCCUCUUGUAACGGCAGGCCUAUGCCCAUCCGUACCUUCUCCUAUCAACAGCUUAUCUUGGCAACCAAUAGCUUUGAUCAUCGCCUUAUUCUUCAUGCAGACCAGGGGUAUGAAUUGUACAAGGGUUCUUUUGAAGGCAGAAUACUUUCCAUUAAGAGUUAUAAAGAAGUGUCCAGAAAGGACUUGGCCGUAGGGAGUAUAGCUAUUUCCACAAAGGACUUGGCCCUAACUGAUAUAGCUAUUUCAGCAAAGACGAGCGCUCACAAAAACAUUCUAAGACUGGUAGGAUGUUGUCUCGAGACUUCAACUCCGACUUUAGUGUAUGAAUAUGCUCAAAAUGGAGUCCUUGCCGAUCAAAUUGAUAUCUCUCGACGACAAGGUAUGUCCAUGGUGUGGCAUAGUAGGUUAAAGAUUGCAAGGCAAAUUGCUUAUGUAAUUGCAUAUCUUCACACAGCAUUCUUCAGACCCAUCAUCCAUAGGCAUAUAAAAUUGGAAAAUAUCUUCUUAGACCAUGAUGACGUUCCCAAAUUGUGUGAUUUUUCACAUUCCAUUUCAAUUCCUGAGGGUGAAACUCACGUGGUAGUUGAUCGGGUGAUCGGAACUUUGGGUUCCUUAUGCCCUAGAUAUAUGGCUACAAGCAUCGUAACAGAGAAAACGGAUGUCUAUAGCUUUGGUAUGGUUCUAUUACAGCUUUUAACUGGACAAGAUAGUUAUCGUUUAUGCAAACUAGCUGGUAAUGAUUUUAAGAAUGAGAAGUUGCUAGGUUAUUUGAGAAACCACGCCAGUAAUAUUACGGAUCCUACAAUCUUGGCAGAGGGAGGAGGAACUGGUGUGGAGCAGCAAUUACAAGCUGUGCUACAGCUUGCUCUCACAUGCAUAGAGGGCGAUCCAGAUGUAAGGCCGACAAUGGUGGAUGUUACAAAAGAACUCAGGUUGAUUGAGCGGUCCAUCGCAUGAUAAUUUUAUGCUUGAUCUUGAGCCUCGUUUUGCUUGAAAUUUAAGUCUUUGUAGAGUUGUACCCUUGAUAUCUUCAUUCUGUCCGAGUUGAACGUGAAUCUAUCGGUGGUUGUUUUCGUAAUUUUAGAAAGAAAUAAAAUAAAAGUUAAUUAUGCAGUUGAAUUUGAUAUCAU